AUGUAAUUCAUUGAUUAAAGGGGGGUAACCAUAAUUAUUACUAAUUAAUCUUAGCAAACAAAUUCUAAAAUAGAAUAAUAUAUAUUUAUUAAUUAGUCUUUUCAUUUUUCGUCUCAAAAUGAUUUGAUAUCAGUAUAAGUGGUUUGGAGACAUGGAAUCAGAAAUUAUUAUCAUUUUAAUUGGAAUUGUAUAGUGGAUUAAUUUAGAAGAGAUGAAACAGUCUUAACUCCAACAGACAUGAGAAAAUAAUAUGUAUUAGGGAAAUGGUUAAGAUAGAGAUACAUAAUUGAGAAUUAAUUAUUUUUAUCUAGCAAGUUUAAUGAAAAUGAGAUCUAUAUAGAAAGUUCUAAUGAAAACAGGUAAGCUUAAUCUAUAUUUAAGAACUUUAACAAGUGCAUAUUGCAAUUUAUAAAGAAUGUAUCCAGAUGGUCCUUCCAUACAUCAUUUUUAGAAAGAAAAUGAAUCAAUAAUUAUUAGGGUGCUUAGAUUUUAAAAGAAAUAGGUGAUGAUACAUUACCUCAUAAAAAUUAACAAAGUAGAAUGCAAAAAAUAAAGAAAUGCAGCUUUACAAAGAAGUGAAUGA